GUCACUGACCAUAACUUCAACAAGUACUCCGGUAACCAGACAGACGCUGUGGAUAGUUGGAGUGUAGGCUACGUAGCUCUAUCCCUUAUUUUUCUAUUUAUUUAUUCAAGUUAUACUUUUUUUCAUUAAGGUCCAACAGGUGCUGAUGAUGUGGGCAGCCUCACUGUUUUUUUUCUACUAUGUCGUGGCCCAGGGGACAUCAGAUGAAAUUAAAGUGGAGUGUUCUACAUUUCAUGAUCCAGGGAGAUUUCCUCCUGUCAGUGAUACCUCUCCAUCUUUCCUGGCGGACCUGAGAGUGGAGCUGGUGACAGUGGGAGGAGAAGAUAUGAUGAACAUCAGUUGGGCAAUCAACAUUGAUGCUAGUAUUAGAACUCUGACAAGCACUCGGAUCGUAAUUUCAGGGGAACAGUACCGCUGUGAAUACAACCCAGCUUUGGCCACGGCAGGCCUCAGCUCAGACAAGAAAUGGUUUCAUUAUUUAGUAAAAGCAAGCUAUGGCUUCGUGGUCAUCCAAGCUGCCAAUCUCCCUUUGCCUCCACCAAACAGCGGUGAUUAUUAUAAGUAUGUCACGAUCGAUAUAACUCGUCCAACAAGUGUUACAUCAAAGCCUACUACAGGUCCUAUAGAGAAAUCAGCUGUCGACUUCACGAGCACAGUGGUGGGGGCCAUUUUUGGAGGACUGGCCGGUUUGAUGAUCCUAAGUUCCUGCUUCAUAAUCUAUAAAAGCUGUGGAACCAACUUUACCAACUCAUUGGGUUUCAAAAAGUUGCCCACAUCUCCCAUGGCUUCCAUCCCUGUCCUGGUGGUGUACCCUGCGGAGAAUUCAGCCUUCCAGCAAGCCGUGGUGGCCCUGGCAGAGUUCCUGCAGUGGCACGGCGGCUGCAACGUAGCUGUCGACAUGUGGCAGCAGGGGAAGAUCGCAGAGCUGGGGCCAAUGCGCUGGCUGGCUGAACAGGCCAAGGCUGCACACAGAGUGCUCAUCGUCUGCCCACAGGUAGAUAUUUCCUCUUCACAGACCAGCCACUCUCCUCCCAACCACACCUUCCCGGAAUCCUCCAUCCCAGCAGCAGCACAUGACCUUUACCCACUGAUUCUCAACAUGGUGGCGAGCCAUGCGAAGAGCGCCAGCAACUUGGCUAAGUUCUGGGUGGUGCAGCUGGGCGAGCAGCAGGAUAAGAAUCUUAGUAACCUGGCGCCCGAACUGAGGGCCUGCAAGACUUUUUGUCUGGUGAAGGACUUAAACAAGCUGUGCAGGGGUCUGCAUACCCAGAGUCAGGAUGAGAAGAAGAUAUCCGAUCUGAUCAUCAGACCAGGGAAUGCCUACAGUGAAAAGUGUACAGUGAAGUUGAGGGAAGCUGUAGAAAAACUAGGUGGACAUCAGCCAAGCAUUUUCAGAGAGGUGGAACCAUUGAGAUCUGUGGUCGCUAUUGUUUGAACAUCUUUAAUGAAAAUGUUUAGAUUGGCGGAAAAAGAGGAUGAGUUAGAAUAGUUAAUAGUGAAUAACUGAGUCUUUUGUUACGCUUUCUGCAUUUAUUUACUUAUUUUGUUUUAGGUAUUGCAUAGACCUAUGCUGAUUUUGGCUACCAAAACACUGCCGUGGACACCGCAGAGUAGAUAUGUGUCUCUGUCGGUAUUUCAUCUGUGGUUUGAAGCACUGCAUACUGUAUUUAUCUAUUUUGUAAUAACCUCAAAGUUUCCCAUUUUUUGUUAUACACCUCAAAUAUGCUCUGUAGACAUUGUAAACUGAUGAACAGUAGUACAAAAAAAGAAACGGUCAACAAAGACCACAUCUUUUUGUGUAAUAGAUUUAAGAAAUAAUGAAUUUGAUGUAUUCAUUUGUUAUGUUUAUUUAAUCUGCAAUUCUUAAAUAUCACUUAACAAGAAAGAGGUGGUUGCUACUCCUGCAUCGUGUGCCCCUGAAUGGGAUUAAUGGGUAUAAAAAUUGGUGAUUCAUGCCCUU